AAGGGCCAAACGUAUAAAGCCCACUAGUGAUGAUGCCACCUCAGACAGACGCAGGCUCCGUUCGCCGACCUCCGCCGUAGACGGAAUCAUCUACUCCAUUCCAACUGAAGCCUGAAGCUGCUGAGAAUCCUCUGCUCGGGACGAGUAAGCUGCGGCGAUUUUAGUUCUUCCAUAUACAGUCUCUCAUAGCCUGUGUUUCUUUUGUGGUAUUUUUCAUCGAGUUUAUGGGGAAGUGGGGAACGAUUCUAACGGUUUACAAUCUUCCCCUUUGAUUUCUUUCUCAUACUGGUGGAGCAUGAUUUAAAAUAUUCACACCUAUUUAAAUGUUACAACGUUCACGUGUCACUACAUUCUGAAGUUUGCGCAGAGGACUUGUCAAGAUAUGGAAAAUUUCCGAGAUCAGCCACCCCCUCCGGGUGUUCAUUCAUGGCCUAACUAUUCAUCAAAUGCUGCUCCUUUGCCACAACCAUUACCAGGCCAUCAACAGCCCAGCGAGGCUGCAACUCAGUAUCCUUCGUACUAUUCUGGAAGCGCUCAGUUUUUCCCUCCCCCUUCUAAUUUUACCUUCCCUCCUAUCUCUCAGAGUGUCUAUACUCACACUACGCCUCAACAUCAAUCUUCUCACAGUGCUCCUCAUUUAUUGGAUAAUAAUGUCCGUUAUAACUUCCAACAAGAGAACUUUUCUCAGUCUGGUGCUGUUAAUAGUGCCGAAAGGUUACCUCUAGCCUCAAAUAACACAGAUGGAGAAUAUCAAAACAUUGAGAACGCUACUGCAUCAGUGAUCCAAGAGUCUAACGCCAGUCUUCCAUUGAAAGUAGACAAGGCUGCAGCAGAUAUUUCUAAUGUAUCCUGCAAAAGCUCUGGAGGACAAUUAAACAAUGCUUAUGACAUUGAUAUCGCUACACAGGAUGCUAUCUUACGUGAACAAGAAAUUGCCACCCAAAAUAUCAUAAGAAGUAAAAGAGAGGCAAAAAGUGGUGGCUCACCGCCCCAGGAUAAGUUAGACAUAUUCUCAGGACGUCGUGAUCCCAAUGCUUUGAAGGAACAUCUAUUGAAGAUGGCCACAAACCAUAGGGCUGAAAUGGCUGUUAAACGUGGGAAACCUACAUGCUCAGAAGAUAACACAGAAAUAGGAAAUGGGUAUGGCGUACCUGGUGGUGGUGCCUAUUAUGAAUCUCCUAGGCUUGGUGCUAGUGGAGGUAAUGAUGUGGCAAACCAACCUGAUAAAGGUUCAGAACAGAAACCUGCAACUAAAGAGUUGCCAGAGUACCUGAAGCAGAAGUUGAGAGCCAGGGGUAUUCUUAAAGAUAAUAUGCAUUCUGAAGAGCCUAAAGAUACUUCAGCUAAACCCUCAGAAAAUGGAAUACUGCCUCCAGGAUGGAGGCAAAAGAUCAUGCAACUGGUGCAUUGUACUAUUACAAUGAAACUACAGGGACGUGUCAAUGGGAAAGACCUGGUGAAACAUCCUUAUGUGUGCAAUCAUCAUCAUCAUCAUUUGUACCUCUUCCAGAAAAUUGGGUGGAAGCGUUGGAUGAAACAUCAGGCCAUAGGUAUUACUACAAUACAGAAACUCAUGUAUCACAAUGGGAGCGUCCUAAUUCAGCUCAGGAAAUCGUCACUAAUCCCUCUAACUUGUCAAGCUCAAAAUAUGGAGAUAAUCUUGGCGGGGAUGACCACUCUUCCAAAUUACCAAGGUGCACGGGAUGUGGUGGUUGGGGAGUGGGCCUGGUGCAGGCUUGGGGUUACUGCAAUCACUGUACAAGCGCCUUGCAGAGUACUGAAUCUUCCACAAUGUGAGUAUCUGUCCUCCAGUUCAAAUGCUAAACAAGGCAAUACAACGCCUCGCUCUAAAAGUUCUGACGGCAAGGAUGGCAGACCAAGGUCCAGUUGGAAACCUCCUUUUGAUAAAGGAAGCAGAAGAGGCGGCAAGAAACGCGCUCAUGCAGAGGAUGAUGAAUUGGAUCCCAUGGACCCCAGCUCUUAUUCAGAUGCUCCUCGUGGUGGAUGGGUUGUGGGCCUGAAAGGUGUGCAGCCACGAGCAGCUGACACAACAGCAACGGGUCCUCUCUUUCAACAACGACCAUAUCCAUCACCUGGAGCAGUUUUACGUAAGAAUGCCGAAAUUGCUUCCCAGAAGAAGAAACCGAACUCAAAUUAUGCACCCAUAUCGAAGAGAGGUGAUGGGAGCGACGGCCUCGGUGACGCUGACUGAGACCAUGACGUAAACCACCCUUGCUGUGGACGUCACCUCAGGCUAUGCGCUCGGGCGCUCGGCAAUGUUUGAGCACAUUGACAUCACUCAACUCUGACAAAAUCUGUCUUCAGUUCCCUGCUCCGGUUGGGUCUCAGUUAUGUCAAUGUAAAAGUAGCUGUAAUUACUAGUGAGAACCUCAGUUUCUCUCUCUCUCUCUCUCUCCCUCUCUCUCUCUCUGUUUUUUUUUUUGGCAUGAGAAUAAAACUAAAUUGAAGUAGAAUUAUAAUGUAAUUUGACUGUGAGAAUUAUUUCUACUCUCCUUUUAUUUUAAUGAAUAAUGAUUGACGAAUAUAAUUUCAGAAAGAA